GCAGCGCGCCACGGCUGCACUAGCUGAACCGGGACGAAGAGGCGACACCGAGCCUUUCAGCCCUCUCUGGGAGAGACGGAUACAUACAUAUAUAUAUAUAUACAUAUAUAUAUAUAUAUAUUCAUUCACACCUCGUCACCUGAUUUUUAAUUUCAUCCGCGUUUUGUUUUUCAACAUUUUCAUCCUGACCGUAAGAGCGCAGGAAAAGUGGAGUUCAAUGCGCAACCAUGCUCAUCAUCUCCUCCCGCAGUGCGCUGCUGUCCGUCUACUACCCGCAGAUCUUCCUCAUCCUCACCAGCGGGAGCUACCUGGCGUUGUCUUCCGUGGUGGCCCUCGGAGCGAACAUCAUCUGCAACAAGAUCCCGGGACUGGCCCCCCGUCAGAGGGCCCUGUGUCAGACCCGACCCGACGCCAUCAUCGUAAUCGGCGAAGGCGCCCAGCUGGGAAUCAAUGAGUGUCAGUACCAGUUCCGCUACGGUCGCUGGAACUGUUCAGCCCUGGGCGAGAGGACCGUCUUUGGACAAGAGUUGAGAGUAGGCAGCAGGGAGGCAGCGUUCACGUACGCCAUCACUGCAGCCGGCGUGGCCCACGCCGUGACCGCGGCAUGCAGCCAAGGCAACCUUAGCCAGUGCGGCUGCGACCGCGAAAAGCAGGGCUACCACGACCAAGAGGAGGGCUGGAAGUGGGGGGGCUGCUCCGCUGACGUCAAGUACGGAGUCGAGUUCUCGCGCCGGUUUGUGGACGCUCGGGAGAUUAAAAAAAACGCCAGGCGGCUCAUGAACCUGCACAACAAUGAGGCAGGGCGAAAGAUCCUGGAGGAGCGGAUGAAGCUGGAGUGCAAGUGUCACGGCGUCUCCGGCUCGUGCACCACCAAGACCUGCUGGAUCACCCUGCCCAAGUUCCGAGAGAUCGGCUACCUGCUGAAGGAGCGCUACAGCGAAGCAGUUCAGGUGGAGCCCGUGCGAGCCUCGCGCCUCCGCCAGCCCUCCUUCCUGCGCCUCAAAGAGGCCCGGGGCUACCAGAAGCCCAUGGACACGGACCUGGUCUACCUGGAGCGCUCGCCCAACUACUGCGAGGAGGACAGGGCGACAGGAAGCACGGGGACGAGAGGCAGGCUGUGCAACGGCACCUCCACGAACGCAGACAGCUGUAAUGUGAUGUGCUGCGGCCGAGGUCACAACACCCACCACUACACCCGCAUCUGGCAGUGCAACUGCAAAUUCCACUGGUGCUGUUUUGUAAAGUGCAACACCUGCAGUGAGAAAUCCGAGGUUUUCACCUGCAAGUAAAAAAAAAAAAAAAAAAGAACCGAACGCGGGGUCCAAGGUAUGACAAGGUGGGAAACUGAAGUGGAGGUAUUUAUUUAACAUUUUGCACAUCUUGACGUACGAUAUGGAAGGAGAGACGGCCGUGAAACGGAACGUAGAGUCAGAGGAGUCCCCGGGGGAAAAUGGUCACAGGAUGUCAGAGACACAUUUGCUGGUACGAAACAUUGACGAGAUGGUUUAAAAAAAAAAAAAAAAAAAAGAUCAGCUCUCGUUAUGUCUCCAUUGAAAUGCUAUUCGAAAGACGCCGCUCGCAUUCGGUUUGACUCACAGCAUCUGGUCUGCUAGGAAAGACGAGACGCUCCGACGAUCAGUUCCAACCUGAGAAUCACACUGUAACUGUUUGAACACUGAGAAUUAUUUAUGUAAAAGGAUCAAAUACUUUCAAACUGUCAAUCUUCCAGAAUGGACAUUUUCAUGGCCUUUACUUUUUUCCCCCUAAUCUUGCACUCAAAUGAAAAAGAAGUUCUUUCGAAACAGUGGAGCUGAUUCUGCUUACAACCGUGCUGAUCGUGUUUUUUUUUUUUUUUGUUCGAGGGACUUGAUCGCACGAGGAUCCCGGCCGUUUGGUCACACCGAGAGCCAAAAAGGCAGAAACCACUGAGAUGCUAUUAAAAGCAUCCAAGUUGUCAGUUUCGGCAGCACUUAAACUCCUGAUUGUCUUCGAUGGUUUUUCGAGGGCUCUCCGCUUCGGAGAAAACCAUGUAAGCCUCAGUGAAUCUCCAUAGGGGUGCAAUCAGCUCCUGAUACAUCCAACAUUCCCAUGAACGGCGGACAGGAGGAAUUCCACAUCGUGGCCUCUGCUUACACAAGGCCUUCCAGCGCGGUUUCGGCCUGCCUGGGUGGAUGGCAUGCGCCUUAACCACACAAACGGGGUACGAGAGGAUCAAAGGCCUCGAAAAGCUAUUUUUGGACCUUACCCUUAAUGUUUUCAGAAAUGUUUAUUUAGGCUUUCUAUAACUGACAAAACAAUUUGAAGAGUAUAUUUUUAUAUGAGGAACAUGGCACUUUGUCAUUUUUACCUUGAAAACAAAGACACUAUGUAGCAGUGUUUUCUAAUGUUAUUGUAUUCAGAUUUGAAGCUUAUAAAUUAUUUGGAAUUUAUGUCUGUAAAUACUCAUCUGUGUUUUAUCCGAGUAGGACAGGUUGUCUAUUUCAAUAUAACUCAUCCGUAGCUCACCAGUGGAAUCCACACAUUCUAAUAGAGUACUUUAGAAGCAAACAAAUACUGCGUUUCAUGGAAAUAAAGCCGCAACGUGUACCAGCUGCAGCCAGACAAGGGUCAGGACGAGGUACUGCUGUGGUGGAGAUAAUCAAACACACCAGCCGUGCCGUACAUGGGUCUUUUUUUUUUAGGUCUUUUUCAUCACUCAAAUAUUGUAAAAAAAAAAAAAAUUAAAAACAUUUGUACUAUAUUGAUCCCAUCUUUGGAAAACUGUUUUAUUAGCAGCAGAUAUGCUGUUAACAUGCUGCUCCUAGCAUGCACCAAGCAUGUAGUUCCUCUGGGAAUUGAACCAAGGACGCGCUGCUUCUUAGGCAGACGUGCUAACCACUACGCUAUGGAACCAACUAUGGAAAAAAACAACAUAAAAUAAAUAAAUCGCUGUCUUAUUUCUGUGAAAUGCUGUAGUUGUGCAGCUUCAGAUGAAGAGGUUUUCUGUCUGCUCACUUGUCUUAAUGGUUUUUUGAUAACAAGACACAACUGAGUGAUUCUUAAAACACAUUUACUGUUGCAAAACUGACAAGCUGGACAAUUUUCUUUUCUUUCUUUUUUUUUUACAAAUAAAAUCUGAAUUUUCUUUCUUAGAAAAUCUUGGGUUUUAUGUCGGAUGUAGUCUGAUUAAAACGUCUGCGAAGAGCUUUUACAUCAAAUUUAUAUUAAAAUUU